CGCAGGGGCAGCCCCUGAGCAGUCUCUGGCCUCUCUGGACGCUGUGCGAGGGUCUCCGCGGCGUCCGGCGCCGCGCAGAGCCAGCAGAGACGGGAGGGAGCCGUGUCUCGCACGGGCGGAGCGGGCAGGAGCAGAGGAGAGAGCGGGAGCAGGUGACAACGCGAACAGCCAGCCCUGCUUCUCGGGACACAGGAAUGUGGUGAAGAUGCCUCCGAGAGGCAGAGACCGGGCUUUAUCCUCAGAAGCGUCUGUUUGCCUGUGGGCUCCGUUCAUUCACUAAAGACAAGGGCCGGACAACCUGUGUUUUAGGGGGCAGCAAGGAAGGCGGAACCUCGCCAUGGGGUACGACAGAAGCUGGGUGCUGGUGAAUGAAAGCGACCAUGCCCCGUCCCAGGCUGUCACCGGAGCUCUGGAGACGGGCAGCGCCUCGGCCGGGCAGAUGGUGUGGCAGGGCGGGAAUGUCAGCGAGGCGGGCGCCGUGAAGAGCGAGGAGCACGGUGAGGAGCAGAGCUACCGGCACUUCACCACCACCGUGCAGGUUGUCAUCUUUGUGGGCUCUUUGCUGGGUAACAUCAUGGUGCUGUGGUCCACGUGCAGAACAUCGCUGCUGAAAUCGGUAACAAACCGCUUCAUUAAGAAUCUGGCCUGCUCGGGGAUCUGUGCCAGCCUAGUCUGUGUGCCUUUUGACAUUGCCCUUAGUGCCAGUCCACACUGCUGCUGGUGGAUCUAUACGAUGCUUUUCUGCAGAAUUGCCAAGUUUCUGCACAAAGUCUUCUGCUCGGUGACCAUCCUUAGUUUUCCAGCCAUUGCUCUUGACAGAUACUACUCUGUUUUAUAUCCUCUGGAAAGAAAAAUAUCUGAUGCAAAAUCCCGAGACCUGGUUAUCUAUAUCUGGGCCCAUGCAAUAGUGGCCAGCAUUCCAGUAUUUGCUGUGACCAAUGUGUCUGAUAUUUAUGCCAUGUCCACUUGCUCUGAAUCUUGGAGCUACUCCCUUGGCCACUUGAUAUAUGUCAUCAUCUAUAAUAUCACCACUGUGAUUGUGCCAGUGGCUGUGGUAUUUCUCUUUAUGAUUCUCAUUCGCAGAGCGCUGAGUGCCAGCCAGAAGAAAAAAGUCAUCAUAGCUGCAUUAAGGACCCCUCAGAAUACAGUUUCUAUCCCAUAUGCCUCCCAGAGAGAAGCUGAGCUCCACCUCAUGCUGCUUUCCAUGGUUAUGAUAUUUAUCCUCUGCAGUGUCCCCUAUGUGACUCUGGUGAUUUAUCGCACCAUACUCAAUAUUUCAGAUAUUUCAGUCUUCUUGCUCCUCACUGCUAUUUGGCUGCCCAAGGUCUCUUUGCUGGCCAACCCUUUGUUAUUUUUAACUGUUAACAGAUCGGUGCGGAAGUGCUUAGUGGGGACAAUAGUGCAGCUGCACCGGAGGUUCAGCAGGAGAAACACUGUCAGCUCGGGUGGUAUUGCAGAUGAUAAUCUGGAGCCCAGUGUCCAUUCAGGAAGCCAGCUUCUGGAGAUGUUUCAUAUUGGGCAACAACAAAUCUUCAAGCCGAUGGAAGAUGAGGAGAAUGAGACCAAAUCCAUUGGCUCUGGUGACUUUCGAAGGAAAGAAAUUCCUAGCACCAGUUUGGAGCUCGGACAGACCUUGGUUCACAGGUUUGUACCACAGACGAUUGCAGACUCUGCAGCUCAGGUGGCCCCAGCUGUGCCCACAGAAGCUGAUGCAGUAAAUGACAAAUAUUCCAUGCAGUUUGGUUUUGGACCCUUUGAGCUGCCUCCACAGUGGCUCUCAGAAAACCGGAACAAUAAGAAGCGACUCCUGCCUCCUUUGGGGAAUACCCCUGAAGAGCUAAUCCAGACAAAACAGCCCAAGUGUAAAGCAGAAAGAAAAGUCAGCAGAAACAAUAAAGUCAGUAUUUUUCCCAAAGUGGAUUCUUAGUAAGAGCAGGAGCUUUAAGUGACAGAGGAAUGUCACUUUCUAUUACAUUUUUGAUCCCAUGGAUCUUUAUUAUGUUGAAAUUUGUUACAGCCUGAUUUUUUUUGCCAAAUAUAAGUUAAAACAAACAAACAAAAGAAAAACAUAUAUAUACGUGUUCCUUAUUAAUAUGAACUACUUAAUGAAAAUAAUAUAUCAAAUAUAUAUGGAAAUUUGUAGUUUGAUCUCUGAAAUCCCUACAAUGAUACCUUGUUAUUAACUUUCAAAAGUACAUAUGAAUUUGGGAACUAUUUUAAUGUCUUAAUUAUGGAAAUGCAGCAGUUGGUUUUCUGGGAAAUGUUAUGUUGUAUUAAAAUGGACUGGGCAUCAAAGAAACUUUACAGGAAAGGCUGUAGAGAGCAAAAGACAUGCAGCAUGGUAAGUCCUACUCUCCCACAAAUAGACACAGCAAGAUUCUGCACAUUUCAUGAACGAAGUAGGAUGGACUACUAAGUGCAUUUGUUUUCUGUUACACACAUUUAUUUGAUCAGUGUUAAAACUUGAUGGAUAUUUUUGCACAAAUUAGUUACCAAAAAUCUGACAAACAUCUAAAAUAUUUUAAAACCUAACCACUGGUUUUUGGCUUAAAAGAUCCACAAAGCCAAGAAUACCCAAAUCAUCAUGUGUGUUAAACCCAAGAAAGACCUCUUUUUAUAAAGAUCCCACAUAUAUUCUUGUAGAUUUAAGUAAAAACUGGAUUGGAGACCAUGCAGGACAAAUUCUGACUCCAAUAAACAAACAUGUAUGUGCUAAGAAUCCUGUGAUAAAAGGCAUAUACAAAUGUCCUUAAAGUGUAGUGUGUGUAUUAAGUAACUAAGGGAUAAACCUUGAAAUAAACUUAGCUGAUGGUGCACUCUGCUGUUUUCUUAUGGGAAAGCAAGCAAAUGAAAGAAAUGGGUGUGAAAUACUAGUGGCCUUUCUCUGAGUGUGACAGUCUCAGUUUCUGAGUCUCUCACACAGAGAGAGAGACUCAUAGAGAGGGAUUCUGAGUGUUUCAGUGAAGUGGAACUGUUGGGUGAAGAAGCUGGCAACAGACCUAAAAAGGCAAAGGUUUAUUAAUGCUGUUGCUCAAUAUUGCCAGAAGUAGAGAAGUUUUCCUUCUAUCUGCACAGAUACAGAUACCAACCCUCUGCUCCACUCAUCUUGCAGAGCAGACCAUUCAGUGUAUGAACACAAGACUUUCAAAUCUGGUGCCUAAUUCCUGAGCGAGUCAGUCAUGCCA